AUGUCUGGUACGGACAAGUGGCGUGGACGCCGCGGAGCGUGUCUGUGGGUCUGUGGUCUGUGGGAGCCGGCCGACAAUGGGGCUUGGAAUGCGAUACGUGCGAGGGAGAGGCACGAUAGAGGGAGAGGGCAGACAGUGCUCACAGAGCGCGCUUCCGCUGUGUACAAUCUUGCGAGGGGGAAUCGGCUGCGGCAGCGAGCGACGCGC